GGAGAGAAAUUCGCACCCCCUGCCCUGGCCUCGCUUCAAAACCAAAGCAAAAUGGCGUUUUUGUCGAAAAUGCCCUCGACGACAUCGAUUUUCUCCGCUUACACCGCCUUCGCAGCUUCAGCCAUGGUGGUUCGAACAGUGAUGGGGGAGAUCAGAACAAUUAUCCACCAAAUUCUUCCCCAACAACUCCGCCAUGUAACCUCCUCCAAAUUCAACGCCAUUUUUGACUUCGGGAUUCUCUCUUCUCAAAAGUUGGUUUACAUAAUCGGCGAGAGCAACGGAGUCACCACCAACGAGCUCUACAGAGCCACCGAAACGUACCUCCACACAAAAAUUCCGCUAUCUGUGAAGCAGCUCGAAGCUUCCAAAGCCAAAGAGCAGAAGAAUUUCUCCUUCAAAAUCAGCAAAGGCGAGAGUUUAACCGACGAAUUCCAAGGGAUUCAAAUCACCUGGGAAUUGCAUUCCAUCCAAAAGGAUCAGAAACCCAAUUCUGAAAAACGGUACUACCAAAUGAGCUUCCUCAAAAAACAUAAAGAUUUUGUCGACGAUGUAUACCUUCCGUACAUCAUGAACAGAGCAAACGCCAUAGACGAAGGAAACAGAGUGGUGAAACUUUACUCUUUGGGGUAUGAUGAAUCCUCCAUUGUUUUGCGGAAUACGUGCUCGUUUGAGACAUUGGCUAUGGAUCCGGAGAAGAAGAAGGAGGUGAUGGAUGAUCUGGACAGAUUUGUGAGGAGGAAGGAUUUUUACAGGAGGCUUGGGAGGGCCUGGAAAAGAGGGUAUAUUUUGUAUGGCCCACCGGGAACUGGGAAAUCCAGCUUGGUGCUGGCCAUGGCUAAUUAUCUCAAGUUUAGUAUCUACGAUUUGGAGCUCACGAGCGUUGACAGUAACUCAGAGUUCAGGGAGAUGAUGCUGUGCACUGCUGACCGAUCAAUUAUUGUCAUUGAAGAUAUUGAUUGCAGCACUGAGCUUGAGGAUCGUGAAUGUGACGAUUAUGGCGACCGCAAAGGAAAGCUGACUUUGUCUGGAGUUCUAAACGCCAUUGAUGGGCUAUGGUCGAGCUGUGGGGAUGCGAGGAUUAUAGUUUUCACGACGAAUCAUAAGGAGAAGUUGGACCCAGCACUGUUAAGGCCAGGGCGAAUGGAUAUGCACAUCCACAUGACUUAUUUGACCCCAUCUGGAUUUCAGAUUCUGGCCUCAAACUAUCUGCAGAUUAAAAGCCAUGAUCGAUUCAAAGAAAUCGAAGAGCUGAUAAUGGAGGUGGAGGUCACGCCGGCGGAAAUUGCAGAGGAGCUCAUGAAAAGCGACGAUGCUGACGUGGCCCUUGGAGCAGUGGUGGAAUUCAUCAAUGGCAAGAAGAGGAAGAGGGUGGAAAAGGACGAACGGGACCCCCAAGAAGACAUUGAGGAAGAAGACCCGAAGGAGUUCAAACAAAAAAAGGGAAACACAAGAAGAAGAAGGCACAUGAGAUGGAGACGGGAUCACUCUGAUGAGUGGUGAUCAGUCAAUAAACUAGUUUUUAUGGAAAAUAUUUAGGUCCUUAGAUCAAAUUUCUAAUACUUUUUGCUUAAUUUUUUCAUCGUAAUUUCUUUGAAUUAAGUGUCAUGUUAUACAUU